AUGGAAGAAAAGCUCCAGGCGCAUCAGGUGGAGAUCGACCCGGAUUUCGAGCCGCAGAGCCGUCCCCGCUCCUGCACUUGGCCUCUCCCCCAUCCCGACUUGGCGGCGGAGGAGGAAGAUGGGGGCGCGGGGGGAACCCCGACGCUGGCGGCCGGCGGGGACGGGGCGGAGAACGCGGUGGCCCCGGUGGAGCGCAGAGUCGCCGCCGCUCCCCCGCCGCCGCCCGGCGCGGAUGUGGGGCAGCUCCGCAAGGCCAAGACCUCCCGGCGCAACGCCUGGGGCAACCUCUCCUACGCCGACCUCAUCACCAAAGCCAUCGAGAGCUCGCCGGAGAAGCGCCUCACCCUCUCCCAGAUCUACGACUGGAUGGUGCGAUACGUCCCCUACUUUAAGGAUAAAGGAGACAGCAACAGCUCCGCCGGCUGGAAGAACUCCAUCCGGCACAACCUGUCGCUGCACACCCGCUUCAUCCGCGUGCAGAACGAGGGCACCGGCAAGAGCUCCUGGUGGAUGCUGAACCCCGAGGGCGGCAAGACGGGCAAGACGCCGCGGCGGCGCGCGGUGUCCAUGGACAACAACAGCAAGUUCCUGCGCAUCAAGGGCAAGGCCAGCAAGAAGAAGCAGCUGCAGGUGACGCAGGAGCGAGGGGAGGACAGCCCGUCCUCGCAGCAGGCCAAGUGGUCGGAGAGCCCCGUGUCCCACGCCAGCGACGAGUACGACGCCUGGGCGGACUUCAGGACGCGGGCCAACUCCACGGCCAGCACGCUGAGCGGGCGCCUCUCGCCCAUCAUGGCCAACCACGAGCCCGACGAGCUGGAGGAGGAUGAUGGCACCCCCUCCUCCCCGCUGAUGUACCCCAGCCCCUCCAGCACCAUGUCUCCCUCCCUCAGCACCCGCUGCUCCGUGGAGCUGCCCCGGCUGACCGACCUGACCGGCACCAUCAGCCUGAACGAGAGCCUGGGGGAGAGCAUGCUGGAGGACCUGCAGGACGGCUACAGCAUGAGCCCCUCCCAGCAGCUGCCCCCGGCCGCCCUGCGGCAGCGCAGCUCCAGCUUCACCUUCAACUCCAAGUGCUCCAGCAUGGGGGACGCCUCCAACACCUACUGCGGGACCAUCUACAGCCAGCCAGCCAUGAGCCUCAUGCGCCGCCUGCCCAUGCAGACCAUCCAGGAGAACAAGCAGGCCACCUUCUCGCCCGUCAGCUCCUACAGGAACGCCUCGCUGCAGGAGCUGCUCUCCUCCAUCUCCUACGCGCACAAGGAGAGCAUGGUCCCGGGGGGGGAGCUGCCCCUGCCGCAGGCCAGCCCCAUGGUGCCGGCCCGUGGCCACAGACACAACCCGCUGCUGUGCGGGGCCGGGGAGCAGGGCCUGUCCCCCUACCCGCCCCACCCGGGCUCUCUGAUGAAGAGCAACGCGUUGUACCACCCGUCAUCAGCCGGCCACCACCCUGCGGUCAACACCAGUGCCUUAGCCAACCCCGUCAGCCUUAUGAGCCUGCCCGGUGACUCGUGCGGCGUGACGGCCGUGCCGCACCACGGGCACCUGCAUUCCUACGCCAGUAACCAAGGGGCACACAUGAGCUUGCUGGAUUCGCUGCAGGGCCCCUACCCGGGGCCCGGCCACCCCCCGGUGUUGGGCCAAGACAGGUUCCCAGCAGACCUGGACCUGGACAUGUUCAACGGGAGCCUGGAGUGCGACGUGGAGUCCAUCAUCCUGAAUGACUUUAUGGACAGCGACGAGAUGGACUUCAACUUCGACUCGGCGCUGCCGCCGCAGAACGGGCUGAACGUGCCCGCGCUGCCCGGGGCGCCGCAGCCCACGAACCAGAGCUGGGUGCCCGGGUGAGCCCGCCCCGGCCGGGCUCGCCGCUGGGAAGCCACGAGGGGAACAUUGAGACUAACUUUUUUUUUUCCUUUCUCUUCUGCCUUUGUUUGUUAAGAUGGGCGAGAGCCAUCGGGCUGAGCUUGAGGUCGAACACGGAACACAAACCGGAGGGUCAAAUACUGAGAUGGGGGAGGACCUCCAGCCCCACGUGUGCCCGGUCUGCAGGUCCUGCCAGCGUCCUCUGGAGGAUACAGGGCAGGUGGGUGGGAGAGGCAGCCAGAGCCAGGCAGAUCCAGGGGGGAGCAGGCAGGGAGAGCCUUUUCAGACAGUCCCAGUGCCCCAUGGCAAUGGUGCCAGCUUGAUUUGCCCUUGGGCUGGGUGGCAGAGUGGUGACGGCUGGUGGUGUGGUGGUGUGGGACCCUCCCUGCGUGGGCAUCCCCCCUGGGAAGGGGCUCUUCUCUGAGCCACCUUGGGAAAUGAGUCCUGAGUAGAAGUGUCAGGAGUGGGGACCCUGCCCCAGGGCAAGGAGGGGCUCAUGGCCCCCCAGUCCUGGUGGAGAGCAGCGCUCUCUCCCCUGCGGGUGAGCUCGUGUGGCUCCAGGCAGGUGUUCUUACCGAGCAGUGAUGAUUGCAGUCAGCAGCCCUGGGAGCAGCAUCUCAGCAGCCUCCAGGGCCUGAGGGUGCCAGGGGAAGGCUGCAGCCCCUGCCUGG